AUGGGAUCGCUCGGGCUGCAGCUGCAGGAGGUGACCGAGCGGAAGGCUCUCAACGCGGAGAGAAGGAAGCUGCAGAUUCAGCUGCAGGAGCUGCGAGGAAACAUCCGCAUCCUCUUGCGCGUCCGCCCGCUCCUCCCAUUCUUUGAAGAAGUUUCGAACCUCAUCGAGGCUGUGCUGGAAGGUUACAAGGUCUGCAUCUUUGCCUAUGGUCAGACUGGCUCGGGCAAGACCUACACCAUGGAGGGUCCGGUCGCUGCAGCAGGAGAAGCGGCAGAGCUGGAGGAGGAGCGAGGCAUUAUCCCCCGAGCCGUCGAGAAAAUCUUCGAGGAAGCGACGGCAAGGAAGGAAAUGGGCUGGGAAUACAACAUUCAAGUCUCCCACGUCGAGAUCUACAACGAGGCUUUCCGCGACCUUCUCGAUAAUCGCUACGGGUUUGACAAGCAGGUCGUGUACAACCUCCUGAGGAGGGCAAACAGAGCGCGAGCGACAGCAGCGACGGAAGGGAACGAGCGUUCCUCUCGCAGUCACGCCAUCUUCACCAUGCGUGUCAAGGGAACCAAUUCCGCCACACAGCAGGAGUGCGAGGGCGUCCUCAACCUCGUCGAUCUCGCUGGGGCUGAGCGCUACAGCACUGCCAUCCCACCACAAGCUGCCGCGUCCAGGCAGAAGGAGACCCAGAACAUCAACCGAAGCCUUUGCUGUCUCGGGGAUGUCAUCUGCGCUCUGGCGGGCCGGGAGUCACACGUCCCCUACCGGAACUCGAAGCUCACGCACCUCCUGCAGCCCUACCUUGGCGGAAACGCCAAAACCCUGAUGGUCGUCAACGUCUCGCCGACUGAGAGCAGCGUGCAAGAGACCGUCAGGUCCGCCAGGUUCGCCGCGCGAGUCAGCGCGUGCGACAUCGGCGUCGCCCAGCGAACGUCCAAGUUUGCUGGCUCAUGUUGA